CAUCCCGGCCGACAUCACGGCCGACCCGCGCUAUAAAAACCAUCACCCGCUCAUCAAUCCAUCCAUCCCGAUCAGCUCAUCCGCUGCUUUUGCAAUCUCAUUCUCCAAAUCCAUUCCAGCUGCAUCCAUCUUCCUCUCCAAUCUCCUAGUCCCAGCCAUGGACGGCAAGGACGCCACCCCGGCCGCCGCCGCCGCCGCGCCGGCCGCGGAGCCUCAGGCGCCGCAGCCGCAGCCGGAGGCGGCGGAGAAGGCGAAGUGGGGGACGAGGCAGAUGGGCCCGCCGGCGGCGCCGGGCGCGCACCCGGAGAACCAGCAGGCGGCGCGGUGGACGGCGGCAAGGGGCGACCAGGAGCUCCCGCUGUACGUCAUCAUGGGCGAGGCGGCGGCGGCGGCGCCGGCGAGGGGCCGGGCGGAGAAGGGGGAGAGCCCGAUGGAGCACAUCCUCGACUUCUUCAACACCUGGAGCCGCAAGGCCGAGGAGCUCGCCUCCAACAUCUGGCUCAACCUGAAGACGGCGCCGUCGAUGUCGGAGGCGGCGAUGGGGAAGCUGAGCCUGGGGGCGAAGGCGCUCACGGAGGGCGGCUUCGAGAAGCUGUACAGGCAGACAUUCGCCGCCGCCGCCGCCGACGAGCGCCUCCGCAAGGCGUUCGCCUGCUACCUCUCGACGGCGACUGGCCCCGUGGCCGGCACGCUCUACCUCACCGACCGGAGCCUCGCCUUCUGCAGCGACCGGCCGCUCUCCUUCACGGCGCCCUCCGGCCAGGCCGCCUGGAGCUACUACAAGGUGAUGGUCCCGCUCGCCAGGGUCGCCGCCGUCGAGCCGGUGGCCAUGCCGGAGAGGUACGUGCGCGUCGCCACCGUGGACGCCCACGAGUUCUGGUUCAUGGGGUUCGUCAGCUACGACAAGGCCGUGCGCCACCUCUCGCAGGCCGUCUCGGAGAAGGAGACGGCGUCCCCUCCGACGACGACGACGACCGUCACGCCGGCGGCGGCAGCAACGGAUUGAGAUCUUCUUUUUUUUUUCUUCUUUUUUUUUUGCGUGUUUAGUUAAAUUUAGUUUGGUUUGCUCGGAUCUGUAUAUAUACGCGGUGAAUUUGCUGUCUAUAGUAUUAGUAGUCGUACGUUAAUUCGUGUGUUUGUUUAAUUUGGAAUUUGGAGUGGUGAUAUACGUUUUGGUAGUUGUUGGGUACUUGGGUAUACAUGUACAUCACCUGUGAUAUAUUAUAACCAAU